GGGAGGCGAGAAAAUGGCGGCGGCGGCGGGCGGCGCCUUGAGCGGCGCGUCCCAGGCUGGACGGGCGCUGCACAGCGAUGGAGAAUGAACCAAACACAACAACAUGUUCUGCACCUACAACGACUGUCGCCACCACCUCCACCUCCCGGACUGCGCUCCCACAGAUCUCCGUCUACAGCGGCUCCGACAGACAUGCUGUCCAGGUUAUUCAGCAGGCCUUGCAUCGUCCUCCUAGCUCAGCUGCUCAGUACCUCCAGCAGAUGUAUGCAGCCCAACAGCAGCAUCUAAUGCUGCAGACUGCUGCUCUGCAGCAGCAGCACUUAAGCAGUACCCAAUUUCAGAGUCUGGCAACUGUUCCACAGGCAAGCCUGUCAGGUGGGAGGCAAUGUACUUCCCCCCCUGGGAGUGUCACUCAGCAGUCAAGCAUGUCGCAGACCUCGAUUAACCUCUCCACCUCUCCCACACCUGCACAGAUAAUAAGCCGUUCUCAGACCUCCAACACCACCAGCAGCAGCAUCACCCAGCAGACGAUGUUGCUGGGCAGCACCUCUCCCACCCUGAGUGCAAGCCAGGCUCAAAUGUACCUACGAGCUCAGAUGCUUAUUUUUACUCCUGCGACCACUGUGGCUGCUGUCCAGUCUGACAUUCCUGUUGUCUCAUCAUCCUCCUCAUCUUCCUGUCAGUCUGCAGCUACUCAGGUUCAGAACUUGACGUUGCGCAGUCAGAAGCUGGGUGUGCUGUCAAGUUCCCAGAAUGGCCCACCAAAGAGCAGCAGUCAAACCCAGUCAUUGUCCCUGUGCCCGAAUAAACCCGUCACCAUUUCCAAGGGCAGCCAACCAGAUCCCUCAGAAAGCAAUAGGAAAGGCGAGAGCCCAAGUCCGGAGUGCCGGAGCGCGCCGGUCACACGGACAUCCAGCAUACAUCACUUAAUAACACCAGCUUCAUAUUCUCCAUUGCAACCUCAUUCUCUAGUAAAGCAUCAGCAGAUCCCACUUCAUUCACCACCUCCAAAGAUUUCCCAUCAUCAGCUGAUAUUGCAGCAGCAGCAGCAAGUCCAGCCGAUCGCACUCCAGACUCCUUCGGGCCAGGAGCCGCCUCCAUCCCAGCACUGUCUGCCCCUCCCGAGCCACGGGCUUCCUCCGGCUCCCAGCAGUGUCCCGUCCCACUGCUCGCCGAUCCACAUCCAUCCUCCGCCUCUGACGCUCUCUCCCAGCCCAUCCCAGUCAGCGCAGCAGUCCGUGGUGGUGUCCCCUCCGCCGUCGCACUCCCCGAGUCAGUCCCCCACCAUAAUUAUUCACCCCCAAGCCCUUAUCCAGUCCCAGGCGAACUCCCUGGUGCCGGCGGCGCUGCAGCCGGAGCCGGCGGCUCCUCCGCCCGCUCCCAGCACCCCGGUGCGCCCGGUGGCGCAGCCGCUCAACCUCCCGCCGCACCUCCCGCUGCCGCCCUCGCCCGCCGUGCACAUCGGGGCGGUGGAGCAGCCCGGCCUGGUGUCCCCGGGACAGCAGCUCGUGCCCUCCACGCCACACCAGCAAUAUCCCGCCCUGCAGUCCGCUCCCAUCCCUCUGGCUGCUCCUCCCCAGCUCUCGGCAUCCUCCACCCAGAUUCAGCCGCUGCCCUUGCAGUCUGUGCAGUCUUUACAAGUGCAGCCUGAAAUUCUGUCCCAGGGGCAGGUUCUGGUUCAAAACACUUUGGUUUCUGAGGAAGAACUUCCUGCUGCAGAAGCUCUGGUCCAGCUGCCAUUUCAAACUCUUCCACCACCACAGACUGUCGCAGUAAAUCUGCAGGUGCAGCCAUCGGUUCCCAUUGAAACUCCAGUGAUUUACCAAGUGGAGAAUGUGUGUGAAGAAGAGAUGCCCGAGGACUCGGAUUGUGUGCACAUGGCAAGGACACCUACACCACCCACCUUGUCUCCACCAGCCAUAACCUUGGGGAAUGGAGAGGCCCUUAAUUCAGAUGAUCCUUUGUCAGAACACGGGGGACUGCCUUCAGUGACAUCAUCAGUCAGUGCCUCAGUAAUUAAAUCUCCAUCUGAUCCUUCACAUGCCUCUAUUCCACCACCACCUCUUUUGCUUCCAGCAGCAACAACAAGGAGCAACAGCACCUCAAUGCCCAACAGCAUUCCUAGCCUAGAAAAUAAACCUCCACAGGCUAUUGUUAAACCCCAGAUCCUGACCCAUGUCAUCGAAGGCUUUGUGAUUCAGGAGGGGUUGGAGCCAUUCCCUGUCAGUCGUUCAUCUUUGCUGGUGGAACAGCCUGCAGAAAAAAGGUUGCUGGUGGAGGGUCAGAUCAUGAGUGUUGUGUGUGUGGAGUCAGACCUGCAGAACACGAAACACGCAGACAACUCAUCGGACACAGAGAUCGAGGAUAUGAUUGCAGAAGAGGGACUGGAUGAAAUUGAAAAUGAACUUCUGAAGUGUGAAUUUUGUGGAAAAAUGGGGUAUCCCAAUAAGUUUCUACGAUCAAAAAGAUUCUGCUCCACAUCCUGUGCCAAAAGGCACAGCCUUAGUUGCACUAAGAAAUUUGGGCUGUUUACAUCAGACAAGACCAGUCGUUGGAAUCGGAAGUCAGAUAGCCAAAGUCUUGGGCGACGCGGGCGUCGGCCGAGCGGCCCUGAGGGGGCGUCACGAGAGCAUUUUCUUAGACAGCUUCCAAUUACUUAUCCAUCUGCAGAAGAGGAGCUGGCUCCUCACGAAGACGCUGUUCCGACGGCCAUGACCACGCGGCUGCGGAGGCAGAGUGAGAGGGAGAGGGAACGGGAGCUGAGGGAGCUGAGGAUCCGCAAAAUGCCAGAGAGCAUCGACCUGUUGCCAGUGGUGCAAACUGACCCCUCAGUGUGGACUGUGGAUGAAGUCUGGGCCUUUAUCCAUUCUUUGCCUGGUUGUCAAGAUAUUGCAGAUGAAUUUAGAGCACAAGAAAUUGAUGGACAAGCUCUCCUUUUGUUGAAGGAGGAUCACCUCAUGAGUGCAAUGAAUAUUAAGCUUGGACCUGCAUUGAAAAUCUGUGCACGUAUCAAUUCCUUGAAGGAAUCCUAGGAGGUGAACACGAAGGUUUAAACAACAGUUUCUCAGUGACAGAACUGACAGUAAUAUGCCAACAUAUUCACUGUGGCAUGAGUGUUACUGUGAUGUUUUGUUAAAUUGAUGGGGUUUUCCCCACAUAAAGACUUAAAAACGUUCCUUUGAUUAUACCAAGUAGUCCUCUGUAGUUUUCAACAACUAAUAGGUUCAUGGUAAAGCCUGAGUAAUAUUUUGAGUUGAAGUUUUUCAUGUAAAAACAUGGAGUGAAAUAUGCUGUGAUAGGUUAAAUAUUCCCCAUCAUGUACUUCAUCUUAUGAGUUUAAGGUUAACACCCCAGCCCCUACCCCAAUCUAAACACCUUUUAGAUUGUGUUGCUGUAAUCUGAAAGAUUUUCUUCCCACAUACAGCAGUGUUUGGACUGAACUGACAGAAGUGUCCACAGGCCCUGUGGAAGCACUAGUACCAGUAAAAUGCUAUGCAUUUAGUUGUGCUCUCUGAGUUUCUUUUAGUCUUGAGCUAAUUGUUUGUAAGGGGUAGGUUGGCAGCUGACUUACCCUCAUCUCUGCCACUAUAGUAUUUUCUUGAAGUCUGUAAAAUACUAUAAACCUUAUAGAUGUCUCAUCAAAAUCCUCAUGAUCAGGCUACUGACACUCCUGCCAGAGGUAACUGAAGCACAUGUUACUUUACUCUGUGAAUGCUGCUAUGCACUAAGGGGGCAUUAAGUGUUAGGUUUGUAGUUUCACAUGCUGCUAGUUAAGCUAGACCAGCAGUUCUCAAAUGGGAGAUCAGAGUGGGCCCUGAGGAGGUGUGUGAGCCCUCAGAGUUCAGGUUCCCAAACGCCUGGGUGUGAGGGGCUGAACGCUGCAGCCAGAAACAGUGUUGAGACAAGUUACUGGAGAGGCUGGAGGUAGAGAAGGGACAGCACAGCUCAGAUGUUCUUUUAACUGAUACCUCUUCUGACAUGUCUUUCCCUGUAGUGCAUUCCCAUUGGCCCACUGGAAGCUCCCAAGCACCUUUGUUUGUCCCCUGGCCGGUGUGAGCUGGGCUUGCAGGACUCUGAGGAAGGAGCACAGGGCAUUGCUCCAUGAGGCCCCUUCAGAGCUCGCUGUAGGAGCAGCUGCUGCUGGCAUGAGGGAGCCCAGAGCUGUGGGUCAGCAGAAGGAAUACCAACACUUGGCAGCUCUAGGAGAAAUCUCCAGGGGCCCUGCUUUGUCCCUCUGGCAGGAGAUUUUGUCUUGGAUGCUGCAGAUUUAGGCAGUGGGAUUUUAGUGUCUCCCACCAUUUUCCUUCUCACACUCUUUGUGGAACAAACACGUGUUUCCCCAGUUUCUGAUGCUCUUGGGAGCUGCCUGAGCUCUGAGGCAGCAGCACCUUCUUGGCCUUUGCUUCUCCAUCACCUGUGCACGGAUGUUCAUGGAUGUAUUUUGUACCUUCUGUGCCCUCCCUUUUGCAGCUCCACUCCCCUUGUGUACAGACCUGGAUCCCUAAACUCUUGUGUAGGGAAAGAAGGGUACGUGUGCUGGUAGUUGUUGUGUAUAUUUGAAUUAAAUAUGUGUACUUGUCUGCAAAUAAUGUAUUUUGUAUUUUAUGCAAAUUAAUGCAUUAUAUGUGAUUGUGUAAGGAGGUAUUCGGGAGGACUGUAAAGUAUUCCUGCAAAAAGAGGAACUGACCUGAAGUUUGAGAACUGCUGCCCUAGAUCAAAAGGAGUCAAUGCACAUACACUGGCUGAAAGGCAGGUUUGUGUAUUAUUAUGUAUAAUAUUUAACUGAUGACUUUAAAGAGUAAAUUGGGAUUACAGAAAAAUCUGUGCUUCAUUUUCCUUUAAUUAGACCAUUACUUUGUUUCCACUAACAGACUUUCUAUCCUUAUCUUCUGGAGAUCAACAUUAGAAUAAUUGUUUUUAAUUACAACUGUUUGAGCUUAUUAAUAGCAGAUAUUAUCAAUAUUUUUAUUAACCACUGAAGCUCCAAGUUAGGACAACCCAUUGCUGUUACACAUUGGUAUGUGGUGAGAGCCCUUGUCCAAAUGUCACCAAAGGCUUUAGAGAAGGAAUUGAUGCCUGGGUUUAUUUCGGAGGGAAGUUGCUAAGCACUUUCUAAUUUGUUUUUUCUGUCUUCGAUUACUGUUGUAAAAUAAACUUCUUAGUUGAAGGUCCAGCAUUUGGCAAUGUUCAUCUGAAAGAUGUUCAAAUGAUGGAGACAGUGUGUUCCCAUUUGUAGCAUUUCUGUAAGAUACACAGUGUAGCAUAUCUGUAACAUAUGUUCUAAAGGAUAUGUUCUGUUUUGAUGAGCUAAUUGAAGACUAAAGAUAUCUUAGAUAUUUAUCCUUUGGCUUUUGUCUAAAAGUUUUAUUAUUUUUAUACGGAAAGUUCACUGGCUAAUUUUUAAUCUGUCUUCUGAUUGUACUGUUCUUAGGCAAUGUAAAAAGUAGGGCUGCACAAGUGUGGUUUGAUAAUGGCUUAAGGCAUAUUAGAAAAUGUGGACUUAGGAGUCUUAUUUAGACCUGCAGUUAAUCAGUGUUACAUGCAUGAGAAUUUCAUGGCUGUUUUAAUUUUGCUUUAUUAGGCAGCUUUCAGGAGAGCUCCUCCAGCUUGUGUUUGUCCAACUCACUGCCAGGUGCCAGGAGCUCAGAGCAGACCCCAGAAAGGCACAUCUGUUCCUGUUCUUCUGGUGCGUGACAUUCCCUGUGGGUUUGGGAGAGCCACAGAUAGUGAGUUGUGCUUUAAAUAUUUCUGAAUGCAGCAGCUAAGAAUGUGGGCCUUCUGCAGAUUGGAAGUUUUUUCUCCCUCACUUAUUUUGGUAUUAAACUGGAACUUAAAAGCAGACACAGCUGUACCAACCUGUGCUGGUAGAAUGCACUCCUGUGGGAGUGUUUGCCAGCAUAGCUGUGUCAAUAAAAUCAGAUUUAAAAAAAAAAGGCACACUUGUAUGUGAAAAUAGGCUGGAAAAUUUCCAAGUGCAACUGAAGACUACUUCAGAAGCUUUUGAAUUUACUCAAAAAAGCAAUAUAAUACUUAGACUAAUAGUCCUCCAGAACCAUUUUACUUACCAACCACUUUUUGCUGUUCAAAUAGGUGAGGUUUUCCCAGGCUUAUACUACCAUUUCCCAUGGCUUUCCCACACAUGAGGCUGGACCCCCUUGCAAACGAGGAAGUAUUGCAGGUUUUAAUUGACUGGUUUUUAGCACUUGCUCCCACUGGAUGUAUCUACAAGAAAUCCUUUUAAUUAACUUUAUUUCCUGGGGUUUUGCUUUCUGUAUUCAGACUUCUGCUGUUGUGGGCUACAUCUCACAGUAAUCCCUGCAGUAUUUCAGUUCCUAUGGGAAGAAAUGCAGGAUGUUAUGGGAUAUUUGCUCAGAAGGGAGGUAUUUUGCAUGGCUUUUUCCCUUCCUUUUUCUUGAGUAGUCCCCAUCCUACCCUACUCCUGAAUGCAAACUGCAGCAUUAGCUCAGGGCAAACCCUUUUACAGAGCACUGGGCUGAAUGUGGCUGUCAAGAUUUCAUCCAGUAGAAUUAGAAUUAUUACACUUGUCUCAGCUUCAGGGUUUAUUUGGGGUUUUAAGGAAAUACAGAGGAAUGAUCAAAAUGGGUGCUCAGCCUCCCCUGCUUCAUCUGGCUCACAUCACUGAGCUUUGCAGCAGGAGCAGGGAACUCUGGUGAGGAAACUUGGCCACCUUGUCCCCGAUCACCAGAGAGUGUUUGAAGGGUUUUUAGACAGACAGUUUUGUAAAUCCCUUCUUUACCCAUUAAUCCAUCGUAUUUUUUCCAGAAAGGAAGUUCUGGAUGGCAGGUAAAACCUUUGCUAGGUUUUUAUCCCUGAGAUAUCUUAAAUGGAAGGUUUAUGUCCUGCAAACAUCCAUUUCCUCAUUUCUUUCCUGUGAAAAUAUUUUUUUUUACCCCCUGACUUCUUUUUGGACAAAUCACAGUUAGUAAUCCAGCCUUUCAAAUAGAAAGAUGGAGUCUACCCUAAGUGCAGAUGUGGCAGCAAGAGGAAAGGAAUAGGAUAAACCCAAGUAUUUUGAGCAGGUCUGUGACAGCUGUAAGGGGAAACAUUAGGAAAGGUGUGGGUUGAGUGGAAGUUUCUUAUGAGGCUGGACUGGGUGUAGUGUGUCACUGCCUGGCAUGCCAGCUAAAACUUAUGCCUAUUCCAGGUGACUGUUCUCAUUUUAAUAUCACAGUAUCAUUGCAGGAACUUCCAGCUCAACAGCUUAACCGAUUUCUUACACACUGACAAGUGCAGAGCUCUGAGUGAUCAGAGAAUUCGGUGACACCUUUUUUAGGAGUCCCCAUUUUGCAAAUAAUUAGGCAUUCACAUAAUUUAUAACAUGAGUAGUUCUGAUUCUAUUGAGACUAUUCAAGUUCAUUCAAAGUAAGCAUGUAUAAAAAAGCUUGCAGGGUUAUUUUCUCACCAGUAUUGCAUAGAGAUGUCCUGUUAGCAUAUAUUUAGAAAUAUAGUUGUUAUCAUUGACCAAACUUCUACUCAUGGAUUGUUCCAGGCUGCAGAUAAUGACUCUGCAAAAGAAUCAAUCUAGGGUACUUUUUUUAAAAUGUUCAACUUAAUUAGUUUAUUAGAGAUGGAGACAAACUAACAUUUCAGAGUAUUUUGUUUUCAAUACGUUGUUUCUGUUCAAUGCUGAGUGGAACAGGUAUGAGCAGAGCUAUAAAUGAGUAAUUUCAAUGUAAGCUGUUAGUUGCUCGUAGUGAGUUAAUUUUCAAGUCAUUCUUGCUCAGUGGGCUGCAGUUUGAGACAGGAAAUAUUGUGAGGAGAAAGAAAUUUAAACUCAUUUAAUGCUUAGCUCAUUUAAGAUAACCCUAAAUUAGGUUAAUUUUAAAAGAAUUUGCCUUUAGUCUUGAGAAUUUAUUUAGACCUGAUCGGUUCUAUGUAGUUACAUCCCCUGAAUGGCUUUGCAAAUACUGACAUUUAAACAAGAGGUGGUGAUUAUGGGCCAGACAAGUGCCAGCUGUGUCCUGCUUUAUCCCCUGGGUCUCGUGGUCAGCACUUUCACAUGUGCUCAAGGCCCCACCUUAAGCUGUGUAGGUUUGUGUAACCUCAGCAUUAAAAUCCCCACACACCUGCUCAUUCCCUUGAAGGUUGUGUGCAGUAUUUACUGAUCCCUCACAGUGAUGUGGAAGGAAAAAAGCAAAAGUUCAAAGUCGUGAAUAUGUUUUUCGUUGGAGGUAUAUAGGAAGCUCAUAUUCCAGCUUUUGUAGCCAUGGAUCUAACUUUUCCAGAGCGUGGUUCUGGGAGUCAGUGUUGUGAACAGAUUUUAAGUUAAAAAAUGUUAAACUUCCAGCAUGUAUUCCUUCUAAAUUAUCCAAAAUAACUCUGUACAGCAAGGAGCUACAAAAAAGAGACUUAAAAAGAUUUUUCCUCUUCAAGUAAUUAUAACUUGGGCACAAUUGUACAUUCAUAGAAUAGUGAUCAUAAAUAAUGUUUAAGUGCAAUACAUAACACUUAAGGAGCAUUCUAAUUGUGUUUUAAAAGCACUGUGUUGGUUCAUAGGGUUGUUGAGAGGCUUGUAGUGUUGUUCCUAGUCCUAAAUGAGGGUAUGUGUGCUGAUUAUGGGAUUAGGCUCCAAGCAGAGAUGUAAUCAAUUCCUGAGGUGUAUCUGCCCUGUGGAUGAAGCCCAGGCAGCCUCUGGGAAGGAUUGUGUUGUCCUCCAUUACCUUGCCAGGAUAUUCCCAUCCUCUGGCAGCCUUUUGCAAAGUCAUUUUUGGAAAGAACAGUAAGAGAUUCUGCACACUCAGCUUCAUUUUUAAGUAGUCUUUGUGUCACGGAGUGAGCAAACCAGUACUGAUCAGGAAAGGUGUAAAAAUGAAGGGUUUUAUCAUUUAGUGCCAAACACUCAGAGUUGAAAAGACAUAGAAUAUCUCAUUAAAAUCAGUGUUGAUUUGUAAGACAUUCUCUAUAUGAGGAAAGUACAGAAGUUUCUCAUUAAGGGUUAACACUUUGGCUGCUCUUACCAUUAAUAUCAAAUAAUCCUACAAGAAUUAAAGGCUGUAAAAUAUUUGAAAUGUGUAAGGCUGAUGUACAGAGGAGAUGCAGCAGUGGUUGUCUGCAGUUCUUUUAUUUCAGGUAUUACCACCAUCCUGGCAUAGUUUCUGUCCUUCCUGGCAGUGAAACUGUCACCUGUUCUAGAGAGGAACAUGGUCCAGGGCUGCAUGGCUGGAUCCAGGGAUCAGUGUUGGGACAGCCCAGAGGCACCAGGUGUAAAAGAAAAUUCACAGAGGAAAAGCCAUAAUUGCUAGGAAGGCAAUAAAUAGGAUGGAGAUCACUGCACAACUGGUAUCUCCCUCCAUGAAUAACAAGGAUGGAAGUGGGCUUACAAAGGGAGGUACCAUGAAUAUGUUUUAAAAUACUCACUCGGGCUCAGACGCCCCAGUGGAUGCUACGUGGAGAGCUGCAGUGCCACUGCUGCCACAACAGCCUGAAGGCUGAUGCUCUUUGGCACUUUCCCCUAAAAGUAUGGAAGAAUAAAUUUAACAGUAACAUCAAUCCAUUAAUGUUUGUUUUGGCUGCAUGUUGUGGAUUCCCUGUGG